UCUUGGAGAAAACAGCAACAGCAACAACAACAACACAAGACAAUGAUAUAGCAUAGCAUGCUUCUUUUGGUUUUGUUUUCUCCCUUAACUUUCUGGUGAGCAAUGCACUUAUAGUAUUCUGAAUCAAUACAGCUUAAGUUUUCCCAAAUACACAAAACACAAUGGAGAAGAGGGUAGGAGAAAUGAAAUCAGAAACAAAGGCAAGGUUAGUAAUUUCGGUGAUACUGCACAUAUAAACAUGUACUGCCAACCGAUAUGUUUGCCACCAUUGAGACCCUUUGACAUAGUUCAGAUGGAAGAACAAGUCCACAGACCAUUCAAACUCCUAUUGAAUCUGUAUACUGACUAACAUACAUUGGGUAUGGAGGUCUUGGGGAAAAUAGCAUAGCUACAGCCAACUUACAACUUACAGCUUCUCAGGGGGGAAUGCAAAAUAAAUAAAACGAGCUGACAGAGUGUGUUGUUCUAGUUGAACAGAAAACAAAACCUUCGUCUUGCAUUGAUUUGCAAAGUUGUUUCUUCUUCACUUGGGAAAAAUGUAGGGGCCUUUCGUUGAAGAACACUUGCCUGCUUAAAGAUCUAUUCAAGUUCAAAGAACUCACCAAUUGACUGUCUAGGGUUGGGCCAGGAGGACUAGUUGGGAUUGAAAAUCAUGGAUACCAAUGAUGUUGAUGAUGAAGAGUUCGGGUUCUCAAGAAAUUAUUUUCUAGCAAAAGAGUUGGGAAGUUCUGGAAAGAAAUCAACUCACAAGCUCUCCGACAUUGAUCCUGUCGACGAACUGGAGCUAAGGGAGGCCAUAGCCAAUAUUGAGCCUAAGCAUGAGAGCGAAAUUGCAUCUUUGAUGAACAGUUACAGAAGUUCGUACUCAAAGUGGGCUUUUGAGCUAAGGUGUGGUUUUAGCCUGUUAAUGUAUGGGUUUGGAUCAAAGAAGGCCUUGAUUGAAGAUUUUGCUUCAACGACGUUAACUGAGUAUGGUGUUCUCGUAAUCAAUGGCUAUCUUCAGUCAAUUAAUCUUAAACAGAUGUUGGUAGCAUUGGCUGAACUUCUGUGGGAUCAGUUAAAAACCCAGAGAAGAACUCCUUCAGGAAACUCCUCCAAAGUUCAACAACCAUUUAAUUCCCGGUCUGUAGACGAUCUUCUUGCUUUUCUGGAUGGACCCCAAGUGGAGGGAGAUGAAUGUUUUGUUUGUGUUGUCAUUCACAACAUUGAUGGGCCUGGAUUGCGAGACUCGGAGACACAACAAUAUCUAGCCAGAAUGGCUGCUUGUUCUCAUAUAUGUGUUGUUGCUUCUAUCGAUCAUGUGAAUGCACCUCUUUUGUGGGAUAAGAAGAUGGUUCACAUGCAAUUCAACUGGUGUUGGUAUCAUGUCCCGACAUUUGCUCCAUACAAAGUUGAAGCAACCUUCUAUCCAUUGAUUCUCACACAUGGUGGCACCGCCCAAUCUGUCAAGACAGCUUCAAUAGUUUUACAGAGUUUGACUCCUAAUGCCCAAAAUGUGUUCAAAGUUCUUGCAGAACAUCAACUGGCUCACCCUGAUGAAGAAGGGAUGCCAGUCAAUAAUUUGUACACAAUUUGUCGAGAGCGAUUCCUGGUGAGUAGCCAGGUGACACUGAAUUCCCAUUUGACAGAAUUCAAAGAUCACGAGUUGGUCAAGAUCAGAAGACAUUCAGACGGCCAGGAUUGCCUGUACAUUCCUCUGGCAACUGAAGCACUUGAAAAGCUGAUACAUGAGAUCAGUCAAUAGCUGUUACUAGUGCACGCUAAUUCACUUCCAAUGGUUAACUGGGACUAGCUCAUCGUUUCCAAUAGGAAUGCAGCUUCUGAGUGGAACAGUCAUGCGAUGCAUUGGUUUUGGUCCAUCGUCUUGAAUUACAUGGACUCUUUGAAAUACUGUGUCGGACACAGGACACUUGGGCAAUAUUAUGAGACAUUUUGAAUUGGGCAUUAAACAUAUUGCAGUAAUCAAUCUUGGUGCAAAACUAUGCAUAAUAUUUUCAUACUUUGCAAUGGGCUGACCUUAUGACUCAAAUUACAGUCAUGUUAUUGUUGGAGUAAUUUGGAAGGGAUAACCAGAGUCCUGGGACUGUGGCUUGGGACAGACAAUUCAAGAAUUAUCUCUCAUAUAUACUAUUUGCUUUGACAUGGGAUUCCACCGUUAUUAUUAGUCCAUCUAAGGUUACCCCUCAGGUCCCAACCUCCGGCAUAUGGAUAUGAUUCGUAUGUUUAGUUUUCUUACAUUCUUGUACUGCUAAACAUCCUUUAGGUGACCUUGGGGUUUGGCCCAAUGGUCGUGUAAUUUGGAGCGUGAGGUCUAGGGUUCGACUCC